AUGAAUAGUAAAAAUCUUGAACAACUUUUAAACAUUAAUAAAUUUCUCUCUACAACUCCUCCUCCUAAUAUUCAUUCUGUUCAAGAUUAUGUUUCAACUAUUAAUAUAUCCGGUAUCUUUUCUAUUACUUUUGACACUCCUCACGAAACUCUUCCUCCAUUAACUAAUAUUGAUAAUACUGCUGAAAAAAUCCUCCAUUUGCAAUAUCCACAUUUAACUUCUGCAGCUGUAUUUUCUAAUGGAGAUUGUUUAUUAAAUUCUAUAUCUCUAAUUUUUAAUGCAAACCAAAUGUUAGCAUUACAAUUUAGACUAGCUAUGGUUGUAGAAUUGAUGAAAUUUUCAAAUUUUUAUCUUAGUCAAAAAAUUUUUGAACAAGAUUAUUAUUUUUCCGAUAUAGCUUUAAAUUCAGCCAAAAAUUCAGAUAUGCUGACUACAUAUAAUAAAGAAAGAGAAUAUAUUUGUGAAAUUGCUUAUAUAUCUAAGCCACAUCAUUCAUUGUAUAAUAAAUUAAUUGAACCACGAAUUAAAGCUUAUGAUGAACCUAUUAUGAUAAUGUGGACACCAUCAAGUGGAAAGUGGAAUAUUAAUGAUCCUUUACCACAAACAGAUCAUUUUGUUCCAAUCUUCAAAAGAAAUUCACCACCUUCACCUGAUCAAAAUAUUGAUAUUGAAAUGCGUGAUGUUCAAUCUGAUGAAAAUGAAAAUAUACCUUUCAAUAUUCUUGAAUCAGAAAAAUGUAUGAGUGAUGGUUCUGAUAUAGUGGAAUUUAACUCAAAUGUUGAUGAUAAUGAUGGUGAAUCAUCAUCAUCAUCAUCGUAUACUACUAAUAAUGAAAAAAAUGUUAGGAAAAAGCAAACGCUAAAUAGUCAAAAGCGAAUAACGAAACUUGAUCAUAUUAAAGAUAAAAGAUUACAAAAUCAUCCGAAAGUUAAUAAGAUUAUUACUCGCAAUGAAGUUCAAUGUAAAUGUGGAAAGAUAAUCAGAUUGCAUCGAGCUUAUAAUUCAAGAAAUUUAGAAAAACAUAGUAAAACUAGUAACUGUUUAUUAACAGAAGGAAUACGUCCACUCACAAGUUAUUUUGUAAAUUCUACAAAAUCUCACCAAAUUUCAUGUAUUGGAUUGAGAGACGAGAAGCACUUAGAAUAUUUACAAAGAAUUGGUGGAAUUAUACAUUAUGGUGGUGCACCACGUGUUGAAGUAUUUGCAAAAGAAUUAUUUCCAAUAAAAUUUGACAAAAAUUUUAGUUGGAAAAGGUUGACAAAUAAUGAAAAAAUCAAAUUAGAGAAUGAGUUAGUUGCAAGGGCAAAAUGGCGCAACGAUUUUAAUUCUAAUUGUAUUCGAAGUGUAAAAUGUAAAAUUACAACAACAAACAAAGGAAGAAUUUGUAAAAAAUUUAUGAAGUUAAAUAGUAACAAAAUUUUAAUGAAUGCAAUUGAACGGCCAAUUCCAAAAAUAGAGAAUCGAAAAUUUACACCAAAAUUUAUAAUUAAAAAAAAUCCGAUCUUCAAAUACUUAAAUGACUCUAAUCUGAAUGAACUUUAUUAUUCAGUAGAUUCAAAGCAAGACUCAUUUUGGCCAAUAUUAGCAGAAAAAGGACGGCAAGGAGUAUUCAAAAAUAAAAAAGUUUUUGAAGGACUUUGUAAAGUUAUGCUGGAAAUAGCUAAUCGUGAACAAAAUAAUAAAGGAAAUCAAAAUUUGCAAUAUACCGAAAACUUUGCAAAUUUUACAACUAUUUUGGCAUCAUUGGGAACAAGAGGAUAUGAACUGUUUAAAUUACAUCAUGCACAAUCAGACGAUGCAAUUAUUAAUACAGAACUUUGUUAUGAGAAUAUUGUGCGAUUUAAAAUAUUUGCCGAUUCAUUAAAUUACAAUGGCCCAGUUGCUGCUAUGACAGAUAACACUAAAUUAAAAGAACGUCUUAGUUAUUCAGCAACUUUAGGCUGUGUUAUUGGAUCAACUUUAUCAACUUCAGAAACAAAAGCAUCAAAUUAUAAAGAAAUCAUUGCAAUUAUUGAUAAAAUAAAGUUAAAUAAAACAUUGAUUUCUAUUUUUUUAUUUUAUAUUCCUUUACCCAAAAUCCCACCAAUAGUUAUUGGUUUAAUUCCAAAUAACAAUAAAGAAAAAGCUGCAGAUAUUCUUACAUAUCAUCAAAAAAUUCUAGAAUAUGCAGCACAAUUGAAAAUUAAUAUUAUUUCUUUUGGAUCAGAUGGAGCAGCAAAUGAAUUUAAUUCGCAAUCAAUGCUAAUUAAUACAUUAACUACAGAAAAAAUUAUUUUCGAAGAUAAGCUAUAUAAUAUUAAGUUUAUGUGUCCAGUUUUUCCUAAUAUUGGCCCAAUAAUUCGCAUUCAAGAUUCCAAACAUGGGAAAAAAAGUGGUAGAAAUGCAUUAUUCUCUGGUGCUCGAUUACUUACAUUAGGAACUGUAACUGCAAGAUAUGAUCAAAUACUUAUGCUUAGUAAAAUGCCUGAUAGUGUAUUAUACAAGCGUGAUGUAGAAAAUGCAGAUCGUCAAGAUGACGGUGCUGCAUACCUGAUUUUUUGUUCAUCAUUCUUAAAACAAGUGUAUAAUCAAAAUAAAUCACAAGAUCAUAGUAAAGAUGGUGAAUUGAUUGAUGCAUAUCAAAGUCGUACAAUUUCACAUAAUGAAAGAUUACGAAUGGCGAUAUAUAAAAAAAAAUUUUCUUGCUCCCCAAACUUUUAA